GCCUUCUUCUUCCCGCGGAUUCGCGGAAUAUCGUCCGGCUGUCAUUUUUACUGUCAGAGUUCUCAAUUCUUUUGUAAAAUUUACAGACAUUUCAGCCCUUUUCUCGGCCUAAUUCAAGAUUUCAAUAUGUCCAGUCUUAAAGACUUGUGUGAGCUUCAUUUCGGCACAACAGACAUCUACGAAGUCCUUGGAAUCGACCCAAAGGCCUCAGAAAAAGAAGUCAAAAAUGCGUACAGAAAGAUGUCCCUGAAGAUUCACCCCGAUCGAGUGGAAGAGUCGGAAAAGAAAAUCUGCACUGAAAAGUUCCAAAUCCUGGGCAAAAUUCAUACCAUUCUGAGUGACAAGGAAAAGCGCAAGGUCUAUGAUAGGACUGGCGAUGUUGACAGUGAUCUGGACGCUGACUGGCUUGAUUAUUGGAGGUCCAUUUUCAAACCUGUCACCAAACAAGACAUUGUCGACUAUGAGAAGAAAUACAAAGGUUCUGAAGAGGAGAGAAAUGAUUUGAAAAGUGCUUACAACACUUACAAAGGGGACAUGAACAGUGUCAUGGACGCAGUUCCGUUUGCUGACAUGGAAGAUGAAGAGAGACUGACGGAGACUCUGAGGGAAAUGAUUGAAAAUGAGGAGGUCGAAGAUUUUGAUGCUUUCAGCAAGGAGACCAAGCAGAAGAAGCUGAGGAGAAAGAAAAAGAUGGAGAGAAGAAGGAAGGAGUUUGAAAAGGCAAAGGAGGCAGAUGAAGUGCCUGACGAGGAUUCUCUUUCCCAGGCCAUCUUGCAGAGGAAAAUGCAGCGAGAAGGGGCUGCCAAUGAUUUCUUCUCUGCUCUGGAAGCCAAAUACUGCAACGGAAGCAAGAAAAGUGAAACGAAAACCUCUGGUCGCAACAAGAAGCAGAAAACUAAAUGAUUGAAGCUAUGAAUCUCUACUCUUUAUUUAUAAAGCAAGCUAUUAUUUGUAAUAUUUAACGUAAUGCUAAAUUCGCACAUUGACAUCUCUAAUAUUUUUUUUGUAGGCUAGUAUUAGAGUAAUUAUGAUAUGAAUAAAUAAAUUUUGAUUAAUUUUUCAACUA